AUGAGUGAAAGCCCUCUGAUGGAGUACGAGCUGCAGUCUCUGGCUCCUGUCUCGGGCCCCGGGGCCACGGCGGGGCUCCUGCUGGCUCCGGACACAGAGCAGAUCACGGCGCUUUGUUUCGUGGGACUCCUGCUGCUGUUUUUGGUGUUCCUGCUGGUGCGGUGUUUCCGGAUUCUCCUGGACCCCUACAGCAGCAUGCCGUCCUCAUCGUGGUCUGAUCCUAAAGACGGAUUGGAGAGGGGACAGUUCGAUUACGCGCUGGUCUAGAAAUACAGCAAUCUCACAAAACCUGUCAAGAACAUAUUUAACCUCCAAAUCUAAA